AUGGACACUACACAUCCGUCAGAGCCACAUCCAAAUCUCGGAGAAUUUGAAGACCCAGUUGAUGGGUACGCUGAUGAUGAUUUGUUAACUCCAGAUGAUCUUAGUGUAAGUGUCACUGGAAUGACGCCUUCUCGAUCGUUUUUGGAAACAGAAGAAUUCGAAACUGAAUUAGGCGGAAUCGAAGAACCAUUUGAAGAUAUUUUCAAUGAUAUCUCAAUUCAUGAAAUAAUUCAAGUGAUCGCGGAUGGAGACAGAGUUGGAAGACCGAUCGUAGUCGUAUACGCCUACCGUCUUCCAUCAAGUAAGGAAAUCGAUCAUACUCGACUUCUUCAGUACCUCACCCAAAUUAUUGACAAGAUAGUAGAUCAAGACUACACAAUCGUUUAUUUCCACUACGGACUUCGAAGCCACAAUAAACCACCCGUUCGGUGGUUGUUCCAGGCUUACAAACAACUUGAUCGUAGGUUCAAAAAGAACCUGAAGGCGUUAUAUGUUGUGCAUCCGACACGAUUCAUCCGCAUUAUCUUCUCAUUGUUCAAAGGUUUCAUAUCGAGCAAAUUUGAGAACAAGUUUCAUUAUGUGAUGUGUAUCGACGAACUGGAGAACGCACUUUCUGUGUCUAGACUAAAUCUACCGAGUCCAAUUCGAGAUCACGACAAAAACUUCUCAAAUCAAGCAGCUCGACCUGCCACUCCGCCAUCACAACCUCUACCAACUCAACAAUUUGGAGUUCCUUUAGAGUUGUAA